CUCGAGGGUUAAACUAGUAUCCCUUUAAGAGGCUCCCUUGACAAUGAUCUUCUCUAUGAUAGGCUAGUGAGCCCAGAAUAAUAACCAAAUAUACUGCUCAGUGGAACAGAGAGCAAGGACUACCAUCAGUACAGAUGCACUAACCAGGAUUGACAGGUCUGAUGAUGUUUUUGAGGACAAAAAAGUUUGUAAUGAAUCAGAAAAUGUAUCUGGUAUGAGCGCACUCACCACCAGCACAUAUUUGUUAUGUAUUUUAGUUAGCUCUUUAUCAGUUCUUAUAAUGUGUGGAAAUCUUCUUUUAAUAACCUCCAUCAUUUACUUCAAACAGCUCCACACUCCUACAAACUACCUCAUCCUCUCUCUCGCAGUAGCUGACCUGCUUGUUGGGGUCACAGUUUUGCCUUUUAGCGCGGUACUGGCUGUGAGCUCUUGUGGGUAUGUUGGAGGUUUACUCUGCAAGAUACGAGGCAGCUUUGAUCUCGUUCUGUGCACAUCUUCUAUUUUAAACUUGUGCUUUAUUUCUGUUGACAGAUAUUAUGCAGUGUGUCAGCCUCUGAGGUACAGAACUAAAAUAAAUGUCCGUGUUAUUGUGAUCAUGAUCCUGGUGUGUUGGACUGUUUCUGCUAUAAAUGGAAUUAGCAUCACAAUUUUGGGAGUGAACAAAGGACAAUCUAACAGGUGUGUUUUAUUUCAGAAUUUAAGUUCAGCAAUUAUGGCAGUUGUUUUUGGGUUUUAUUUCCCAGCUAUUGUAAUGGUCACUAUCUACUUAAAGAUUCUGAUGGUGGCACAGAGACAGGCACACAGCAUCCACAACACAACCUGUCAGAGCACAAAGUCUGAAAUUAAGAAGGAGAGAAAGGCCACCAAAACUCUGGCUAUUGUAAUGGGAGUUUUUCUUAUGUGUUGGACUCCUUUUACUCUUUCUACGACUUUUAACCCUUUGAGUAAUUACACAAUACCAGCUGCUGUGAUUGCAGCAUUUAAGUGGCUUGGAUGGUCAAAUUCAAUGCUCAAUCCAUUGGUCUAUGCUUUCUUUUACAGCUGGUUUCGAUCAGCUUUCAGAAUGAUAAUUUCUGGUAAAAUAUUUCAAGGUGAUUUCACUCAUUCUAAGCUCUUUUGACUCAUUAUUUGAAGUAUGGAAAUAUCAGUAAAAUCCUCCUUAGUUUGGCACAUAACAUCUCUUUUCCAUUGCAUGUCAUAUAUAUAGGCCUUCUUAAAAAGGGUUGCUUUACUAUCCAUAAAGUAUGUAUAUGACUUGUAGUAGCAGGACAGUAUGGUAAUCUCAAUGUGAAUGUCUGUAAAAAAAAACUUUAAAAAUCAACAGAUGAAUUAAUCUUAUAGUUCACCUCAUUUAAUGUAUAUAUUUAGUUAUUGACGCUGCAUCUGUUGAAUUCAUGAGUAUGUCACUGAAUUUUCUUUCUUUUACAGCCGGUUUCGAUCAGCUUUUAGAAUGAUAAUUUCUGGGAAAAUAUUUCAAGGGGAUUUCACUCAUUCUAAGCUCUUUUGACUCAUUAUGUGUUGAAAUGUCAUCAUUGAACAUUGCAUGUCAUAUAUAGGCCUUCAUAAAAAAUGUCACUGUACUGUGCAUAAAAUAUCUGUAUAUAAAACUCACUGCACAGAUAGCAGUACAUAUUCAACUGCAUGAUAAUCUCACUGUGAAUGUCUAAAAAAAACAGUAGGAUAAAUAUAUCUUACUGUUCGGCUUAUUUACUGUUAAUCAGUAAUAGACGCUGUAUCUGUUUGUUGAAUGCAGGAGUGCAUCACUGAGUUUUUGUCUCCGUAAGAAAAGCUUUAAACUGACCUGUAACAAAUCAAUGAAUGGUGAAAUUAUCUUGCUCUUCGAUUAGUUUUCAGUUUCAUCAGUCUAAAUAUUAAAUAGAGCAGGGUAACUGUAAAUUACUGAAUAAGAUUUUUCCAUUUACAGAUUCUAAGAUUUAAAUAAAUUAAAGCAGAAAAUGUUAGCAACAAGUUGUACAUUUUCCACAACAAUAUGAAGAUUACACUGAAGAAAGAUGUACAGUUUUACUGUACAAAAUUGUGUAAAUAGUGUACAGGCACUUUUUCAUGCAAAUUCUCAUUUUCUCUGCUUUUACACUUUUGAAGAUGCUGUGAAUCCAAGACAAAGCAGAGAACCUGUCUGUUUUUGUGGUCCUUGAUGAUCAUAGCUAUUUACUGUGUCCCCAGCAUAGACUGAUUCUGAAAGAUGUUUGAUUUGAGUAGAAUCAACUUGUGUAUUUAUUGUGAAGGUAACUUGGGUAAAUAAAGUUCAUUGUACCAAUUCCA